UGUCACUCCCCAGUAGGACCACUUGCUAGCGGCUUCCUAUACCCACUAUCCUGCUCCUCCCAAGAUUCUAUAUUACUUGGAGACCAAACAGAAGCUGAGGAGGUAGAAGUAGCCAGCAAGAACGUCAUGAAGAAGAAGACUGUGUUGGCGUUGUUUGGUUUAGUGCUGGGGUACCUGGUUACAGGAGCGGUGGUCUUCCAGAUGCUUGAACAACCCUUUGAGGCUAUGCAGCAGGACAUACUCACAAGACACCGAGAUGAGUUCCUUGCAGAAAACGUCUGUAUUACGGAGGAUUCCCUGGACAAGUUUGUGUUGCAGGUAAAAGAAGCCCUGGGUUCUGGAGCUGAUAUUGCAGUAAAUGGCACCAACGUUACCUCACAGUGGGACAUUGGGAGUUGCUUCUUCUUUGCGGGAACCGUCAUCACCACAAUCGGUUUCGGUAACAAUGCCCCGAAGACAGAAGGUGGGCGGCUUUUUUGUAUUUUUUAUGCACUAUUUGGCAUUCCAUUGUUUGGCAUCCUGCUGGCAGGUGUUGGUGACCAUUUAGGAUCUGCUCUCCGGAAAGGAAUUGCAAAAGUGGAGAUGAUAUUCUUGAAAUGGCGUGUCUCUCCUACCAUUGUGCGGGUCAUCUCAGCAGUGCUCUUCCUCCUCAUUGGUUGUGUCCUCUUUGUUCUUAUACCAACUUUAAUCUUCCAGGAAAUUGAGCAUUGGACCCUGUUGGAGUCCAUAUAUUUUGUAGUCAUCACACUUACUACUAUUGGAUUUGGAGACUACGUAGCAGGAGACAGCGCUGGUAAGGAGCACACAUGGUACAAACCACUGGUCUGGUUUUGGAUUUUACUCGGUCUUGCCUACUUUGCUUCCAUCUUGACAAUGAUUGGGAACUGGUUGAGAGUUUUGUCCAGAAAAACACGAGCAGAGAUGGGUGGACUAACAGCCCACGCAGCAAACUGGACAGCAAGUAUGACUGCUGAUAUUAAACUUCCCCACCGUGGAAUAAGCCUUAACUUUCAAGAACGAAUGCUUCGCCAGAAAGGGGGUUUAGAAGAUCCAGGACAGAAAGAUGAAGAAAUGGAUAUGAAUGGAGAGGAGGAGUACGAGAGAGAAGAAGAAGAAGAGGAGAUUGAGGAAAAUGAAGAACCACAAACAGUCCCAACGUCUACCCCAAUCAUUCUACAGACACCCCCACUCACUCCUGCACUGAGAACAGAGAAUGCUGGGAGACAAGACAUGGAGUGGGGUGAAAAUUUGGCUUUCAUUGAUGAAUCUUCUGACAGUCAGAGUGAGAUGGGGAAAGAGGAAGGAGAAACAGGGGAUGAAAUUGGAGCAAAAGUGUUGAAGAGCAAGAAGAGGAAGAGGCUAGGUGGACGAAGCAUUUCUGUCCCACGGAAUCGAGAUAAAGGGGAAAGUGGUUAGGAGAAAUUUCCCUUAUUCUUAAAAUUUUGCUUUAAAAGUUCCAAUACUACCAAAGUGCCACUUUUUUUCCUUUACUGCACUACCAUGUUCCCAUGAAAUAAUGAUAAUAUAUUGCAAGUAUAUAAACUGAAGUUCUUGAGAAUGUUUUUCAAAGUUUUUAGCCUCAUGGCUAUUGUUCGUCUACAAACUGAUUUUUGCCUUCAGCCAGAUUAUUUUGAUAUUAUACUGGCUAUUUUGAAAAAUGUAAUCCAUUUUCUAAGUCCAUCCAGACAUAUACAUAAAAAAGUAUAGGCCACAUCAAUGUUAGAAUCUCCUGUACAAACUACAUCAAAAGGUUAAAGCCCAACUUAACUGUAUCAAAACAAAAGGUUGUGAGGACUAUUACAGUUUGCUUUCUUUAGAAAGUAGCCAAAACCUAAGUAGAAAAUACUGUUCCCAGACAAUCACGCUGCAAAGAAGGACUUUUUCUCUGUAUAAGAAAAAAGUGGGCUCUCUGAAGAGGUCCAACAUCUCCCUACACAGCAAAGCUAAAACACCCCAAUCAGCAGGCAGUUUUGUUGAUUCCAGCGCUAUAAGUCUGAUUUAGUAGGGGGUUUGUCAGAUAUCUGCUACCAAACAGAGAGCAAGAGUCCUUUUUAUAAGCAUACUGGAAUGGGUCAACUAUAAAACUUUGCACACGUUUUGAUUUGAUGCACCUGGAAUGUACAUACUAAGUCUAAACUGAAAGUUUGCUUGGGCUUUAAAGUGCCAUUUCAGCCAAAUUUGUAAUUAGUUUUGGACAGAGUGGUGACGUGUUACAAUAUUUUCCAGGUUUAUA